AUGGAUCUCCUGCCAAACUUUUCUUUUGUCACUUGGCUGCUCCUCAUCGUUUUCCUUAGCCUCUUGGUCCUCUAUGGGAUAUGGCCCUUCCAGACCUUCAAGAAGCUGGGCAUUCCCGGGCCACGGCCCCUGCCUUUUUUUGGAACUUUCCUGGAGUACCGGCGUGGAAUCCUGAAUUUUGAUCAGAUGUGCUUUGAAAAGUAUGGCAAAAUCUGGGGGAUUUUUGAUGGCAGGCAGCCUGUGCUGGCUGUUUUGGACCCCAUCCUCAUCAAAAACAUCCUGGUGAAAGAGUGCUAUACUAUUUUUACCAAUCGCCGGAACUUUGGUCUGAACGGGAUCCUGGAGUCGGCCCUGAAUGUGGCUGAAGAUGAGAAGUGGAAAAGAAUUCGCACUGUGCUGUCUCCAACCUUCACCAGCGGGAAGCUGAAGGAGAUGUUCCCUAUCAUCAAUCACUAUGGUGAAAAAUUAGUGAAAAACAUUGAGAAGAAAGUGGCUAAUGAUGAGUUUGUGACCAUGAAGGACAUUUUUGGAGCCUACAGCAUGGAUGUGGUGGCCAGCACUUCUUUCAGUGUGAAUAUUGACUCCAUGAGCAACCCCAGUGACCCCUUUGUCACCAACAUUAAGAAAUUUCUCAAAUUCAGUCUCCUAAACCCCUUGUUCGUACUUUUAGUGUUGUUCCCCUUCAUUAUCCCAGUGCUGGAAAAGAUGAAAGUGACUCUGUUACCCUCAAAGGUCAUGGACUUCUUCAACGGCGUCUUCAUAAAAAUGAAGAAGGAACGGGAAAAGGGCAGCAGCACGGACCGGAUUGAUUUCCUGCAACUCAUGGUUGACUCGCAGAGCUCACAUGGCAGCUCCAAGUCUGCUGAGACUGACUCAUACAAAUCAUUAAGUGAUGAGGAGAUUCUGGCCCAGGCUCUUAUCUUUGUCUUUGCUGGUUAUGAGACCACCAGCUCCACCCUCAGCUACAUAUCAUAUAACCUGGCCACCCACCCUGAUGUGCAGCAGCGACUCCAAGAUGAGAUCGAUGUAGCCCUGCCCAACAAGGCUACUCCCACGUACAAUGCCAUCACGCAGAUGGAGUACCUCGAUAUGGUGGUGAAUGAAUCCCUCCGGCUCUUCCCCCCUGGGGGCCGGAUUGAGAGGGUCUGCAAGAAGACAGUGGAGCUCAAUGGUGUGACUAUUCCAAAGGGUAUGGUGGUCAUGAUCCCAGCCUACGUGCUGCAUCGUGACCCGGGGUACUGGCUGGAGCCGGACGAGUUCAGGCCUGAGAGGUUCAGUAAAGAGAGCAAAGGGUCUAUUGACCCCUACACCUUCCUGCCGUUUGGGGCUGGCCCCAGGAACUGCAUAGGAAUGAGGUUUGCUCUCCUUGUCUUGAAAAUGGCUGUGGUCGUCCUGUUGCAAAACUUCUCGUUCAGAACCUGCAAAGACACUCCGAUCCCGCUGGUUCUGGACACAAAAGGUUUCAUGCAACCGAAGCAGCCCAUUGUCCUGAAGAUGGUCCCCAGAACCCAUACGGAUCUGGAGAAAUGA